CCCAGCCCAGGGCUGCAGCCAUCCCUGGUGGGACGUGGCCAUCGGAGAGGGUGCUGAGCGUGUCUCGUCUCUCCGUCUAGGUGAUGUCCACGUUGGAAUGGCUGACCGGAAUGGGCAGCUGGAAGUGGAGGUGAUCCAGGCGAGGGGGCUCAUCCCGAAGAUGGGCUCCAAGUCCAUCCCUGCCACCUACGUGAAGGUUUACCUGUUGGAGAACGGCGUCUGCCUGGCCAAGAAGAAGACCAAGGCCGUGAAGAAAACCUGCGACCCGUCAUACCAGCAGCCUCUGCUCUUCGAGGAGAGUCCCCAGGGCAAAGUCCUGCAGGUGAUCGUCUGGGGAGAUUACGGGCGCAUGGACCACAAGUGCUUCAUGGGGAUGGCCCAGAUCGUCUUGGAGGAGCUCGAUCUCUCCAGCGCGGUCGCCGGCUGGUACAAACUCUUCCCCACCUCCUCGCUGGGCGACUCCAGCAUCGGACCACUCACGAGGGCCAGCUCG